AGCACCUUCUCUCCGGCCCCUAUAUAACCAUCCCCAAAGCCAACCCUCGUCUUUAAUUACUCAUCAUUUUAUACCCUCCUCAACCAAAAAACCUUCCCAUCUCCAAUCUCAACAUUCUCUGAUCCUGGAAAACAAAACGGAACCCAAAACAAGAAAAGAAAAAUGAUGCCGAAGAGGCGCUUUGAUGCUCAGUGGGAAGACGAACACAACGUCGAAAACGGUGGAAGAUCAUCAUCCAUCCCUUCUCCAAAGAGAUUCAGAAACGCGGUGAGAGAUGUUCUUGGGAAGCAAUCCAUGGCGGACUUCGCUUCCAGCAUGGAACCUUUUCUACGAUCAGUGAUUCGUGAAGAGGUCGAGAAGACAGUUGUCCGCGUGCUCAGCCAUCGAUCAUCCUUGGGUUCCAGGACGACUUUUGAAGGCUCAGGGGUGAAGAAGGGGCUGGUCCUUCACUUCGUGAACAAACUUCCUUCCCGCAUCUUUACCAACGCCAGGAUCGAAGCGGAGGAUGGGAACCCCAUGAGGAUCGUGCUUCUCGACGCCGCGACCAACACGAUCGUCUCCUCGGGCCCGCUGUCAUCCAUGAAGAUCGAAAUCACCGUUCUGAACGGUGAUUUCGGAUGUGACGAUGGAGAAGAUUGGUGCGCAAAGGAUUUCAAUGAUAAUGUUAUCAAGGAGAGGGAAGGGAGGAGGCCGCUGGUGACUGGGGAGCUCAGCAUUGUGCUGAAGGAUGGAGUUGGGCAGAUCAGCGAUGUGGUUUUCACCGACAACUCCAGCUGGCAGCGGAGCAGGAGGUUCCGGCUGGGAGCUAAGGCGGUGCAGAGAGGAGGUGCUUCUGGGGAGGUUGUCAGGAUUAGGGAAGCUAGAAGCGAGCCUUUCGUCGUCAAGGACCACCGCGGUGAAUUGUACAAAAAGCACUAUCCGCCAAAGUUGGGAGACGAAGUCUGGAGGUUGGAGAGGAUAGCAAAAGAAGGCGCGUUCCACAAGCGACUGUCUGCCAAUGGAAUCAGCACGGUGAAGGAAUUUCUCAAGGCUUAUGUCAUUGACCAAACUACUCUAAGAAGUAUUCUUGGAGGUGGAAUCUCGAAUAGAAUUUGGGAUUCGAUCGUCCAACACGCUAAUACAUGUGUGUUGGAUGAAACCAAGUUCUACGUCUACAACGACCAUGCUCAGGGCCUCAGGCUCCUGUUCAAUUCGGUGUACAAGCUUGUGGGCGCUAUGUUUGACGAUGGGCAGAGCUACGAGCCUCUUGAUAGACUAACCCCUCCCCAAAAAGUUCUGGUGGAGAACUCAAAGAAGCAAGCUUACAGGAACUUGGAAGGCUUGAUCCCAAUGGAUUCUCGUUCAGCAAUCGGACCCUCACGGCAACUCCCUCUGCCGCCGCCGCAAAUCCAAUCCGAUCCCUUUCACAUCUCAAACAAUCUCACCCUUCACCAACUCGAAUUCCCCGUCCUCCGCCACGACGAAUCCGACCUGCAUCUGGAUUUCAACAACAAUAACAAUUAUUCAACAAGCUCAUCGUCGUACGACAGCAUCAGCACCAGCCCCAUCCAACUCAGCCCAUUCCUACGAACGGCGAGCUUCAAGUUCUCCGGCGGCGGCAGCGCAGGACACUUCGCCAUCCCGCAGGAAUCCGGCGGAUGGGUGCUGCAAUCCGGCGGGUCCUCUUCAUGGCCGGCUACUGCACCGGAGGACACGGCGCUGGUGCCGGCGGCGGCUUCCCCUGCUCCAUGGGGACCUCUGUUUUUCUCGCCGGGGAUCACGGAAGAAGAAGUGGCGGCGGCUGUUCUGUCGUCGUUCCCGAGCUUCGGCGCCAGCCGGAUGGAUUUCCACACCGCCGUCGGGAGGCCGAGGGCACGCUGGUGCAAGAUCCGAACCGCGUUUAAGGUCCGAUCGAUGCUGCUGGCUGCUCGGAGAAUGUGGCACUCGAGGUUCUAUGAGUAAAAAGUUACGCCCAAUGGGUUGGCGAUGGCGACUGGGAAAAUGACUUUUUUUAGAGUGUAAAGUAAAACGUCUCUAGUUCUUAGGAGGUUGAAUUUGGCAACGCCAAUUUUUUUUACUCCCGGGUAAAAUGAGAUGUAUAGGUCACUUGUUGUAACUUGUAACUUAUAAGUUUUACCGCUGGCUGUUUUGUUUUUUAGCCGUUCAUGUAACUAGCAAGGUGAAAGAAGUGGUGGCGGCAUUGUCUGAAAUAUAAUGGUCGCCCCAAUAUCUUAUAUGGGCUUUUGGUUUGCGGCUAUUUUCGAUGGGCUAGAUGACCUUGUAUGUAUAAUCUGUAGGUCCCAUUUGUUGGCUCGAUAUUCUGCAGGAAAUUACUCUUCUGAUGGAUCAGCUAGAUGGUGGUUCUCUUCAGUUUGUUGGUCAGCGACUCCGUCUAACAACAGAGUAACCCAUUUGUUGUUUCGUAAAAUUCUGUUUUUGUCAUCGCGUAUUUGGCAGCGAUUUGGCUUUGUUUCUUGGUUCAAUAGUCUAUAGGGGUCUAAGAUAGAGUCGGUAAUCAAUGGUUACUGGCUAUCAGUAACUAAACCAAGACCGUAAAUCUAGGGACGGAAUCAUCAUAUGGUUGGGCUGCACGCGAAGUGAGGAGGGGCAUUUUUGUCCAAUUUUUUUAAUUUAAUUCUUUUUCCUUUUAUUAUUUUUUCCAGCAUUUAUAUGUUGUCUUUUAAUGGAGGUUACUCGCUCCUACUGUCACUCUAGAAAAUGGCCAAGUGUAACCACCUCCUAAAGCGUAGUAUAGCAGGUUUGGGUUUUAAUGUCAACCCGGGUCCUAGAUGUGAUGACUACUUCGUGAGUUCUUAUUAUCUAGCAGUGAACUUUUAGUGAAGGUCCAAACAAGCAAAGCAAGUAAAAAGGUUGUUUUCAAGUCGAGAGAGGUCACCCGGAUAUGGUUCCCCCUAGACUGCAGUUAAGCCGGAUUGUAAUUUACCAAGUUCAGGUUCAGUGAUAGUUAUACUGCGGGAGGUUCUUAAACAGUCUGAAGUCUCGACAAAAGGUCUCCAGACCCUCUCAAUCUGAGUCUCCAGCGGGCGAUUAACCUCCACCGGAGUAAACAGAUUGAGGCCCUAACGAACCAAACCUCCACUACCGAAGUAAAUUCGGUACAGAAUAGUGAAUUGACUCCUCGACUAAAGCCGCCAAUUCACUAACUUCAAUCAAGGGUGCUCUAUCAACCUAGGCAGAUAUUCUCUUUCUAGGUUAAAGCAGAAACAACAGGAAUUUGAUCAGGAUUCAUGCCGUUUAACAAAUCAAACCUCAAUUGAACAUAAUCAUAUCAAUGAAUAUGUACUUGGGUUCAUACAAUCAGACCUAACAUACAAAUCUAGGGUUCUCAUGUGAAUAAGAAAGCUACUCCAUAGAGAGAGAUGGAAAAUCUAGCUCAGAUGCGGAAACCAUAUAGUGAAGGAUGGGAAUCUGCUUCUGGCACUCAAUCAGGUCUUCUCCAAGCUCAAACCGCGCUCCAAUGGUGAUGGAGAUCGAUCAAGGACACUUGCAGAGUCAGGCUCGUCACUUUCUCUCUCUAGGCUCAAAUCUUCCUAAAAAGGUCGACUCUGAGCAAAACACGGUCGAGGGCACGGCCGUGUUUUGCUUUUGCCCGUCCGUGCCCUUGCCACGUGUUAAAAACACUCUAACAUCUGGGGAAAACACGGUCGUGCCUAUAGAUGAACACAGCCGUGUUUUCUGUCACUCCCGUCCGUGUUUUGGGACAUCACAGGAACACCUUGGAUCAAGCCUCGGCAUAAAUAACACGGUCCAGGAAUACGGUCGUGUUUUUGUUUAGUCCAGCCCGUGUUUUUCCUCAUCAAUUCGACUCUCGGCAAUAAAAACACUGGCGUGCU